UAAAUAAAAACAUAUUGUUAAACAAACGCCUCAAAACAGUCAAAUUUAUAUUAUAAAACCUGUGGUACAAAAUCUAAGGUGUGAUUGAAUGAGCUGCGACUUUGCACCCGUAAACAACUGAACUUUAAUAACAAGUUCAGCUUGACUUAUUGUCACUAAUAUUCAUGCAUUUGGCUCUACCAUGGCAUAGCAAAAUCUGUAGCGUUGCAUGAAACCGUCAUACUGCCCAGCACUAACACUAACCGUUUUGUGUUACAGCUCCAUGUCUAACUAACUCCACACCUUAAGAUCAGCGAUCUAACCACAUCCUCCCGUUUCUCUCUCUUCCUUGUCUUUUUUGUUCCUCGUGUCCUUCUGCACCUCAAUCUGUUCCCUUCCUUUCCUCCUGUGUAGCAGCUACACCUGGCUGUAAGUGGCUUCACUGUGUGUGUUUCUGUGCGCAUAGACAUGUCUCUCCUCUGCUGCUUGAAAGCUUCCUUUCAUGGUAAUUCCAUUUAGAACGGACACCCCUUCUGACUUCCUCUCACCCUCCAGAGAUCACAGCCAUUCCACUGACGGCCUACGGACCAAUGGCAGCGGCCGCAGCUGCAGCGGUGGUCAGAGGUUCCACACACUCACGUACCGCCGGCUUCCUGGGCACCAGCAGCCCUGGGCCAAUGGCAGACCUGUAUGCAGCAGCCAAUCAGGAUUCAGGAGUCAGCAGCUAUAUCAGUGCGGCAAGUCCCGUCCCCAGCACAGGGUUUGGACACGGACUCGGGGGUCCUUUGAUUGCAACGGCCUUUACCAAUGGCUACCACUGAGGGGUGUCCAAUCAGAGCCCAGCAUGGGAGGAGAAACUCACGCGCUUGUGAACCGUGAGCACUUCUGGCGACGUGACGUGCUUUUGGGACGAACCCCACGGGCGGCUGCGGUCCCUCCUGACUCCGCUCUGGAGUUUCCACCUUUUCUUUUUCUCUAUUCUCUACUAACAUCACUUUUCGUUUUCCUCAUCCCGUAUUUCCUUCCUGACGUAUCCGACUCAUUUAUGAUAUGUCUGUCUUCUGAAAGAAAAAAAAUGAAGAAAAAAACUUUGUCAAAACAAUAUUGUUUGAUUGUACGUGCGGAGACGCAAGGAAUUUCGUUUCCCCGGAUUUUUAUUUUGACAAUUUUUCUGCAUUUGUUAUGUAUUUUUGCUGACUGUGUUUUUAUGUUUUUACUGUACUCAUGCUGUAAUGGAUGAUGUCGAGAAGACAGCGAGAGAGAAAGAGAAAGAAGGGGCACGAAACUGGAAAAAAAGUCCAGGAUCUGUUUGGUUUUUAAAACGAAUCUAAACAACACCGAACAAAUACGUGAGAAUGAAUCAAAUUUGUGAAAAACAAAGCAAAACGACGGGACAAAAAUGUAUAUUUUGGUAGUUUUUACACAGCAUUUGUAAUGUUAUAACGAACAUUCUUAAGCUGAAUCGGCUAUUUUUUCCGUAAAAUUGGUUUUACAUAAGAAACAACAGGUCUCAUUCAUGACUUUUCUGCGUGAAUCUGCAUUCUACAGUUUCAGAUGUAAGAAUAUUUGACACAUUUUUACACAGAAAUCCGUUCUGCUCAUGUUGAGGCUCAUUCUUCGGCUUCUUUUUGUAGAUACUGUAUAUAUGCAUGGAUUUUGGGAGGGUUCGAGGGUUCGGAUUGAAUGAUGGACUGGGGUUUGCGGGAGGGCUGAGGGUCCUUUAUGGUUCUUAACAUGCAAACAUCUUUCUUCACAUUUAGUCUUGCAUUUCUGAGACUAGUUUCAUGACCAAGUUGGACCGAUGUGGGUCUUUGGUUGUGCUUCUCUCGCUUUCGACUCCAUUUAUACUCUUUCGGCCUAAAUUCUCCGAAUCAAACGGACCUUUCGGUCGUUUCCGUUUCGUAUGAAUCCUCACGCUCGUGAAUGUUAAACCAUUCAGAAACCACGUUUUUUGAUGUUUGCUGUCACUUAUGAGGCGGCACAACAUCGCUGAAAAACCAGGUUGCGUUUUCCAUUAGAGCAAAUGAUUUGGUCGCGUGUUUGGGAAACGGAAACGCGGUCUUGAGCCGCCUCAUUUUCGAAGAGCACAGCUGCUGGGCUUCUCUUCAUGCUGUUUUUGGAAAUAUAUAUUAUAUAUAUAAUGUUUUGCGCAGUGUACUUCUAUUGUAAAUCGUUCCCUUUCUCCUUUUUCUGUUCGUUUUUGACGGUACAACGCUGUUUUUUUUUUUUUUUUGAAGAAAUGAAGGACAAAUUUACAAAGCAAAGGAGUCUGAGCGCUGUUACACCUGUCGUUGUGUGUUGGGAUGUGCGUGUGUGAGUGUAAGUUGCGGCGACUGCUUAGACUGAAGUAUGGAUGUACACGUAGCUAGUUUACAUGCAUUCAACUGCCACCUUUGAAACUGUCUUGUCUCUGCCAGCAAUGGAGAGGAACGUCUCUGAAAUCACAGCUCUAAUGGAGGCCUUCUGGGAAAAUUGCUAAUUUUUACGUAAUUGUUACACUUGACUAAUAAUAGAUGUUCAGAGUGAUUAUUUUUUUUCAUUUCAGCAACAUUGGAUCUGUUUGA